AUGAAGUGGAACGUUUUUUUUCUAGCUUCAGGAGCUUUGGCUCUGCAGACCUUGCCCCCCGUUCAAUACACCCGGGAUACGAACUCGGAUGGGUUUUCUCUUGCUUCCACAGAUCAUAUUAUAUAUGUCGACAAGGGUUUUUCGAGGUGGAAAGACCAGCAUGGCCUGACCUUGAUUCCACCCUCGGCAUCUCAAUUCGCCGAAAUAUUCCGUGAUGAUCUCGAGGAGCUCACCAACAGUACCUGGGACAUACGAAUCGUGAAUGAAUUCCCAGAACUCGUAUCAGGAAUAUUACUCGGUCGCUCACCAGCUCAAAGUCAUGUCACUUAUGAGGAUGGCACCAUCUCAGAAGAGGGAUACGAACUUGUGGUCCAAAACGGCCGCGUUUCUAUCAUGGGUUCAGGCGCCCGAGGAAUGUGGUGGGGCACUCGGACGCUUCUGCAGCAACUCAUCCUGAACUCGCAUUCAAUUCCGGCUGGUCGCGUGGAAGAUGCACCCGCAUACGCUACGAGAGGCUUCAUGCUGGAUGCCGGUCGGAAAUGGUAUUCCUUGGAUUAUUUAAAGGAUCUUUGCACCUACGCGUCAUUCUUCAAAAUAUCCGAAUUUCACUACCACGCAACGGACAACUACCCUCUCUCCCGAGGACCCAAUGUGACCUGGGACGAAGUGUAUUCGCAAUUUUCUCUGAGGCCUGAAAAUCCAGAGCUGAUGCCCCUCGUCCAGCGAAUCAAUGAAACUUUGUCACGAUCCGAGUUUGAUGACUUUCAGACCCACUGUGCUCAGCGGGGAGUGACGGUGAUGCCAGAGAUCGAAGCUCCGGGGCAUUGUCUAUCGGUGACCAAAUGGAAGCCGGAGUUGGCCUUAGAUCAACAGGAUCUACUCAACCUAUCACACCCCGAAACCAUUCCACUGGUCAAAUCAAUUUGGACGGAAUUUCUUCCUUGGUUCCACACCAAGGAGAUUCACAUUGGCGCCGAUGAAUACGACCCCACUUUAGCCGAUGACUACAUCAGCUUUGUCAAUGAGUUGUCUCGAUUCAUUUAUCAGACUCAUCAAAAGAGUAUUCGGAUCUGGGGCACCUAUGAGCCAUCUAAAACACGGACAAUUGACAAAAACAUCACCAUUCAGCAUUGGCAGUACGGACAAUCAGAUCCUGUACGGCUGGAUGAGACUGGAUACCAAAUCAUUAACUCUGAGGACUGGUGGGCUUAUAUGUCGUUGAAAAACGACCAUGUUCCAAUCACACCAGCUCCCUAUCCCCAAUUCUUCAACAAUGCCCGUGUAUUGAAUUUCGCCGACAUCGAAGGUUGGCAGUGGACUCCACAGCUCUUCAACGCAGUGAACAAAACUGAACAGCCCGAUUCAAAUGCUGUGCGGGGUGCCAUUAUGGCAGCUUGGAAUGAUAAUGGACCGGAUGCAACUACGCAGCUGGAGGCUUACUAUGCCAUUCGGAAUGGGAUCCCAGUCGUUGGGUCUCGUGCAUGGUCAGGAAGUCGGGGACCGAGACUCUCUAUAUCAACCCUCGAUGACUCUAUUGCGCGUCUGACCACACAUGCCAUUGGUCAAAACCUGAACCGGAGACUCUCUCAUGUUUCAGAGCAUCCCACUGAUCCGGCUUUCUCAUGGAGCAAACCUCAUGCAGACCCCUCUCAGGAAGGCUACCUGAUAGGACUUGGUAGCAAGGGAAUGAACUAUACCUUGCGAUUGGAUGCCACUGGUCCCUUUACUAUUGAGUCAACAGAUGCUACCCUUUCGUUGUCCGAAGAUGGCCAGUUAAUCUUUGUUGCCGACGGAUGGCCAUAUCCUCUUCGUUCCGUUGCGGAGACCGACGGAUUUGAUCCUGCUGAGCCUGGAAGAAUCUGGGCAAAUAUGACUAGCUCGACUCACAACGUUGUCGAUGUGCCUCUGAAGGCACAGAUUACUGUCACUACAGACGAAGCCGCCGGCAGCCGUGUAUGGGUUGAUGGUCAUUUCGUGGGUCGUUUUGAAGUUUUCGUGUAUGGUGGUCAUAACGAGGAUUUUUCAUGGAGUCAGAUGGCCUUCGUUGCCCCGCUCGAUGCUGUUCACGGGACAGGCUUGCAGAGCAUGGCAGUUUACGGUUCCUCUUAA